GGUCCCUUUGCGUGAGAACUGGGAGAGAAUUCAUUAUGCAAAACGCAUCAUUUCUCCCCUGACUCUGUGGACUUGCAACAUAUGUAGCUGUCUAUAUAUAUCUUUCAAGCUUCUGCAAGUCGAUACAAGACCUGCACAAUGGAUCAUCAGCAAGAAGAAGUGAGGUUAAGAGUGUUUUGUUUUAUCUUCACUCAUGCCAUCCUCCUCUGUUUCAUGGGGUCACACCUCUCAUCUGCCAACUCCAACCUCGGAAACCACUCGGAUCUCCUGGCUUUACUAGCAUUCAAGGAUGGAAUAACUCAAGACCCACUUCACAUCAUGAAAUCCUGGAACCACACUCUCCAUUUCUGUAAGUGGACCGGAGUAACAUGCAACCCUGCAAACCAAAGAGUUACUCUUCUCAACUUAGAUUCUCAAAGGUUAGUUGGAUCUUUAUCUCCUUCCAUUGGAAAUCUUACUUUCCUUUCUGCUAUCAACCUGCAAAAUAAUAGCUUCCAUGGCGAGAUUCCUCAAGAAAUCGGUCGUUUGACACGCUUACAAGAUAUCAGUAUGGCAUUCAAUUUCAUAGGAGGCAAUAUUCCUUCCAAUCUCUCUCACUGCAUGAACCUCAGAACCCUUAAUUUAUCUCACAACAACAUCUCAGGGUACAUCCCAGACCAACUUAGUUCACUCUCCAAGAUACAUUCUUUUGGCCUCGCAGUUAACUCUCUUACGGGAAGCAUCCCACCGUGGAUAGGGAAUUUUUCAUCUCUAUUCACUUUCUCUCUUUUACGUAAUAGUUUCCAAGGAACCAUACCGGAUGAACUUGGACGGCUAUGUUGCUUAGGAAAAUUUCAAGUUUCCGGUAAUGAACUCUCUGGUGAAAUCCCUUCAUCCCUUUACAAUAUCUCCUCCAUUUAUUUCAUCUCUGUCGCAGUAAACAGUUUGCAAGGAAGCUUUCCAAUCGACGUAGGCCUCAAUCUCCCUAACCUUCAGAUAUUUUAUGUGGAUCUAAACAAUUUUACAGGAUCCAUUCCUAUGUCCUUGUCAAAUGCUACUGGGCUUGAGGAGAUUGAUUUAGGCGGAAACGGUAUGACUGGUCCUGUACCUGUGAAUCUAGGGAGCUUAAAACGUUUAAUUAAACUUAAUUUACAGAACAAUUCCCUCGGAAGUGGGCAAUCCAGUGAUCUGGACUUCCUCAUCUUCUUGAAUAAUUGUACAAAUCUGCAAGCGCUCAGUCUAGCUGGCAAUCAUCUUGGAGGUGAACUGCGAGAUUCCAUAGGCAAUCUCUCGUCUCUGCUUACAGAACUUCUUUUGGGUUCAAACCUGAUUCAUGGAAGCAUUCCUGCGGGUAUUGGUAACCUUGCCAGCCUGACAGUACUUGGCAUGGAGGAGAACUUGUUCAGUGGCAGUAUCCCUGCUACCUUGGGGAAGCUUAAGAAAUUACAGAAAUUUUCUUUGGCUUACAACAGAUUGUCAGGUCUAAUUCCUUCCUCACUAGGCAACUUGACCCAAUUGAGUAAUCUCUACAUGAUGGAGAAUAACUUAGAAGGAAACGUACCUGCCAGUCUUGGAAAUUGUCAAAAUUUGCUAGAAUUGGACUUCUCUUCUAAUAAACUAAAUGGUACCAUACCAAAAGAAGUUAUAGGUAUUCCUUCCUUUUCUAUUUCAUUUGUUGUGGGAAGUAAUUCUUUGACUGGUUCAUUACCAUUAGAAGUGGGUAACUUGAAAAAUCUCGGGGUGUUGGUAAUCUCUGAGAACAAUUUUUCAGGUGAAAUACCAAACACACUUGGCAGUUGUACUAGCUUGGAACACCUAUAUAUGGCCGGUAACUCCUUUCAAGGAUCAUUGCCUCUUUCCUUUGAGAAUUUAAGAGCACUACAAGAAGUGGAUCUUUCACGCAAUAAGCUAUCCAGGGUGAUUCCGGAGUAUCUUGUGAAUUUUUCAUCCUUGGAGAGACUCAAUCUCUCUUUUAAUGAUUUUGAGGGUGAAGUACCAAAACAGGGGAUCUUUGCAAAUGCAAGUGCAAUUUCAGUCAUUGGAAACAAUGGUCUCUGUGGUGGUAUACCAGAACUACAAUUACCUAGAUGCUUCAAAGAAGCCGUUCACAAAGGAGGGAAGGCAUCUGUAUCAAGUAUGAAAAUCAUCAUUUUUGUUGUGAUUUUGACAAUUGUUGUUGUCAUUUCAUGUUCUGUUGGUAUCUUCUUUUGGAUGAGAAGUCCAAGGAAGAGAGAUUUUGUUGAAUCUUCUAAUAACGAUUGGCAAUUACGUCUCUCUUACUUGGAGCUAUUUAGAUCAACUAAUGGAUUUUCAGUGGACAAUUUGGUUGGUAUUGGUACCUUUGGUUCUGUCUAUAAAGCUGUUUUACAAGAAAGUGAAGAAGUAGUUGCUGUGAAAGUAUUCAACCUUCAACAACGAGGAGCUUCUAAAAGUUUUGCAGCUGAAUGCGAGACCUUGAAAAACAUUCGGCAUCGUAAUCUUGUCAAGAUAUUGACAGCCUGCUCAAGUAUUGAUUUUGAAGGGAAUGAAUUCAAUGCUUUAGUUUAUGAGUUCAUGCCCAAUGGGAGCUUAGACGAAUGGUUGCAUCCAAGAAUUGGUCAAAUCAAGGGUUUGAACCUUAUUCAAAGGUUAAACAUAGCCAUUGAUGUAGCUGCUGCCAUUGAAUAUCUUCAUUUUGAUUGUGAAACACCUAUCAUUCAUUGCGAUCUAAAGCCAAGCAAUGUGCUUCUUGACAAAGAUAUGACUGGCCAUGUUGGUGAUUUUGGACUAGCACGAUUUCUUUCUGAAAGAUCCAACAAUCAAAGCACAUCAACUGGGAUAAAAGGAUCAAUUGGGUACAUUCCUCUAGAGUACGGUAUGGGUGUCCAAGUGUCCGUACUUGGUGAUGCAUUCAGCUAUGGGGUCAUAUUACUGGAGAUGUUUAUAGGAAAAAGUCCCAUUGAUGACAUGUUUAAAGAUGGUCGAAGUCUCCAUGAAUAUGUUGCAGCCGCGUGGCCUGAACAACUGACGGAGAUUGCAGAUCCUUUAUUGUUCUUGGAAGAAGAGGAGAUCAGAAAUAACAGAGAAGAAUCACCGAUUGUCCAUGAAAGGAAUAGAAGUGGCAUUAAUGCUGGAGAACAAAUCAGAGAAAGCUUACUUCUUAUAAUUCAAAUUGGCCUCUCAUGUUCUAACCCAUCACCGAGAGCUCGGAUGACUAUGAAGGAUGUUGGAAACAAAUUGCAUGUUGUUAGAGAUUCAAUUCUUCAAAAAUCAAAAUAGGAGCAAAUUGGGACAUUAACGCAACUGAGAUUCAAAAUAAAAUCCAUUACAAUGUUGUAGUGUGCCUAGUUUAAAGCAAGAAUAGAUAUCUUGCUCUCUCUUGUGAUCUUCCUCUCAUUACUCCUCCCCCCAACCCCCCCCCCAAAAAAAAAAAAACA